AUGAGUAAUCGCACUGCUAUGGAUUAUACUAGUAAGACUAGUAUAAACGAAUUCAUUGAAAUCAUCGCUGAUAGUGUUAGAUUGGUUAUCUGUAGCCAGAUUAAGAAUAGUGGAAGUGGGCUUUUUUCAGCUUUGAUUGAUGAGAGUAAGGAUACUGCAAAGCGCGAGGAACUUGCAACAGCAGUUCGCUACGAUGUUGGGAAGGUUGUUGAGCGCUUCUACGAUCUGAGACGACUGCUAGAAAACUUUGGUGCACAAUCUAUUGUGACAUUCACCAAAGAGGUCAUUGACUUGAUAAUUGAAAGAUCUGGAGCAGCUGUAAUUUCACUUUGGGCUGAUGGUGCAAGUGUGAUGUCAGGUGAAUAUGCUGGGGUUGCUUAG